AUGACAUUAUCAUCCACCGAACUGAAAGCUCGUCUAUCGGCAGAAUCUUCUCCGCUUCUGAUUUCGUUACGUGACAAGCUCUGUGCUGAGAAUAAUGCUAUCAAAGAAGGAAAGAAAGCAUGCUUAGUAUUGGCAAGUCAAUCGCCAAGGCGACGUGAGAUCCUUGAUAUGAUGGGCUUGGCUGGAUCAUAUUCGUGUGAACCACCCCCACUGGACGAAUCUUCUUUGCAAAAAGAGCUGGUACAACAAGAUUUGCAUCCGACCAUUUACACGAAAAAGCUAGCAGAGGCCAAGGCGCAUUCUUUGGCCGCCGAACAUGCAGGAAAAGAGCGAAACACAAAUAUUCCAGUCUUUUACUUGGGGAGUGACACUGUUGUUGAUAUUGAUGACAAGAUUUUGGAAAAACCAAAGAAUGAAGAAGAAGCCAAGCAAAUGCUGCUCAAAUUGAGUGGUCAAGAGCACCAAGUCCACACUGGAGUCGCACUCUAUCGGCUUUCUUCCAGCUGUGAAAUUUCCCUGUUGUCUUCGUUCACGGAGAGCGCUCAUGUUACCUUUUGCAACUUGAGCGAUGCUGACAUUGAUGCGUAUGUUGCCUCUGGGGAACCGAUGGACAAGGCAGGCAGUUACGGGAUACAAGGUAUUGGCGGCCAAAUGGUGCAAAGCAUCACAGGAGACUUCUUUACUGUGAUGGGAUUGCCCAUGCAUCAAACCAGCAAACACUUGGCCAGAGCUCUGAUGGAGGAAUAG